AUGGUUCUGGAGAAUAUCCACAAUGAAAGCCGCGAUUUGUACUGGUCGGCAGGCGCGAACAAGUUGGACCACUCCUACGUCAGUCCGGCACCGAGACAACACGGCGGGAAACUACGUCGCGAUUCUCGGUCCAUGGUCGCGGAUAACAUCAAAAACCCAACGGAAGGCCCUAUAUCUCUGUACACUAUACUGUCCCGUCAACUUCAUGUCCUGACAGGAUCACCCUGGGCGGAAAUAAGCUUCACACAUCAGGAGAUUGCACUACUGCAGUGUAAAGGUUAUUCCGAGGAAGACGUGCACCUGUGGGUGAGAUGUCUCGUCAUCGGUGACUCCAUUCAUGCUUGUGCAGUGUUCAAACAAGAUCAUCGCCGUACGCCUCUGUUCCUGUUGCUACUGUAUCUUCGAAGGAACCGUAUACGAGCAUUCGCACUUGGGACGGUGAUUAGACAUCUAAAUGCACGAUUGCGAGCAGAGCCUAUAGAGUGGCCCUCACUCCAAGUGCUAGUAAUACGAUUACUGCGCCAUGCGCGGGCAGUCUGGCCCGAAGCACUACCAUGGAUUGCAUCUCUGUUUUGCACCGAGGCCACCCGGAUGUACCACCAGGACAAGAAGAACGCGUCUUUUUCAACCACAUUUCAGUCAACUCUAACUCGAUUCUGUAACUCCAUGUUGUCGCUAAUAUCGCUGCCUGCGCCUGAGCACCCUGUGCUUGUCGGCUUCCACCAGGAAAAGGCACAGUUCAUCGUGUUACAGUUUAUGGCUAACUGCGAACCGGCUCUUACCGUAACGCGAUAUGGCUUCCAAGGAGCUGUUCGUACCCAGCUUACACAUGCGAAGACAGCCCAAGAAAAGGAAUGGGCUAGGCUUAAAGGGCCGUCAUGGCCGCCCUGGAAAGAGAACAGGAAUGCUAUGGAUGAGGAUAAGGGUUAUAUGUUUGGUGCCUCGAGAGCAUCCCGCCUUCUUCAUCGGCUGUAUGAAGCAGGAUAUGAUGGGCGCGGAUGGGAAAAGAUCGCCGAAGUCUACGCUGGUUGGGAUACGGAUUUGUCUCCGACUGUGCAAACCAGAACUUUGAUGCCUCGGACGCUCGGAAAGAAAGACCCUAGUCUGAGCAAGGCACAACUCUGGACCGCGCGGAUUCGAACCACAAGAACAAGACGCGAAGCAUGGGCCUGUUUUCUGGCAUACGAAGAGUCGAACACUGGAGAUUCCUCGGAAGUUUAUUUGGCUAUGUUCGAGAAGAUACAUUUUCCAGAAAUCGGAGUCCAACAAAGCGAGAACGGAGAUGCACAGUCUGUCGGAACCAGCGGAUCACUCGGAACAAAUCUUUUACCUGGAGACAUGAAGGAGGUCUUGCCGGAUCCCAAAUCGCCACUACACCUUGUGUACUUGAGUGAGCCAGUGCCCUCAUAUAGCCAGCUUUACCAAAGAAUGCGGCACAAACGGUUGCGGCCGAGAAAGAGGCUACUCGCUUUCCUACUUGACACGCUUCCCGACUUCUCCACCUGUCUGCAUCUACUCGACGCAACGCAAAACAAUUUUGCUGGCGGAGUGCGGAUGCUUAUCCAAGGAUCACCUUUGAGUGAGAAAGCCCGCUCAUCUAUUCCAGAUUACUUCAUCGUCUCUUUCAUUCGUUUCCUUUGUCGAUUCGGUCGCUUUGGGCAAAUGGCUCCAGAUGAGCCCAUCCAGGUGUCACCAGAGGAUCACCUACAGCGACUCAAGCUCGAUCGAACAUAUUUGAUCGACUAUGCCUAUGCUCUUCUUAUGCACUUGUGCCCAGCAUGCCGCCCAGCAUGGACUGCAUACAUGCAGAAGGUGCUGUACGGAUACGGCAAGAAGAAGACUGCAGAGAAACAAUUCACCAUAAUGCGUAGACUAUUCGACAAGCUGACCGAGAUGAACGUCGAUCCAGACGAUGAUCAAUUCCAGCUACUGUGUGCCGUUGCGCGCUACGCAGCACGAACAGCAUACAAAGGGAAACUCUCGGCGGACUCCACAAACCACAUACUCGCUUCAGCUCCGCCCCUCCUGCGCACCAGUUUUCACAACCUGGUUGGUGCCAACGUCGAUUCCAGGGUCGCAAGCCCAGCAGGUUCCGUUCUGGAUACACCCCCCCCUCAUAUUCCCGGUCCAGCCGUCCUCCAAGCGUACGUCCGCGCUCUAGGAUUCUUGAGAGACUACGAAGGCCUGUACUCGUUCUCUAUCUGGCUCACAACAUAUCACAAGGAGGUCACAGUCCGAGUUAAUGCCCAGCGUGGAGGGCCACAACUUCUGUAUAAUACCCUAGUGGCAUUGCGAGCUGCGUUAGAAGGAGCACUCGACAGUAAGAACGUCGAUGAGGGCGCGCCGCAGGAGAUCAUGGAGCUAGUCAAAGCGCAGAUUGAGGGCGUCCAAGAAUGGGACUGGCCGUCUGAGGAACAUACAGAUACGUAUGUAGGGAAGCAGUCAAACUAA